CAAUACCUACUCUCGCAAAAGACUCCGGCGUUUCUAUACUUUUAUUUUUAUUCUUUUAUAGAUCCCACCUUCAAUCAUAAUAUUCCAGUAAUCCCUCGUUCCCUUCUCGUGUGAAUAAGCGUCUCCCCCCCUAGAUUAUAUCCCUAGACGCCUUCCCUCAGCAUAAGUGUACCCGUCUCAAUUAAGCUACCAUGCCACUUUCCACGUCCAUGCUGCGGAGCAGCAUGUUGCGGCAGCGCCUAGAGCACCUACGCAUCGGACGCUUCCCACGCUCAGCGCCCCGGCGCUUCCAGUCCAGCAAUCCCGGCAACGGAGGCGAGACCAAACCGCCAACCGGGGAUCCGAUCCCGGUAGGUAGCACGCCGGUUCCUCCCGUACCUCUGUGGCAGAGACUCGGCCCCCUAACACGCGCCGGUGAAGCCUAUGGUCGCGCCCAGCAGAAAAGACCUUGGGCUACGCAGAUCGUCUCUGCGCUCGUCAUCUAUCUAGCCGCCGACAUUAGCGCCCAGCGCAUAAGCGGCAAGGACUACGUGCCUGAGCGUAGUGCUAGGAAUAUGGUUAUCGGUGGCGUAUCUGCUGUGCCGACCUUCCUCUGGUUCGUCUGGCUUUCUCGCCACUUCAACUACCCCUCGCACAUCCUCUCCCUCGGCGUCAAGAUCGUCGUCAACCAACUUGUCUUCACGCCCACCUUCAAUAGCUACUUCUUUGGCGCCCAAGCGCUGCUAUCCGGGGAUUCUCUCGCCGAGACCUGGGACCGAAUUCGUCGCACUGUUCCCAUCAGCUGGCUCAACGCCUGGAAGCUGUGGCCUGCGGUUACCGCGUUUACCUUUACUUUCAUCCCGAUCGAGUACCGCAGUGUCGUUUCGGGCGUCGUGGCCGUCGGCUGGCAGACUUACCUGAGCUAUCUGAACCGCCAGGCCGAGAUUCAGGAGGAACUGGCUCAUGGAACGGCCGUGGCUUCUUUGCCUGCUGUUGAGGCAACGGCCUUACAGCUUAAUGCGCAGAAACGUCGAAUAACAGCGUGAAUUUAAGGUGCGUUUCUUUGCGAAUUUCCAAUAAAAAUACGGAUUCAGGGACGAGAUAGACUAGACUUAUGGUUGGCGUUGUAACGUGCACGGCUUAAUACCAACAAAGGGGUUACUAGCAUGUGUAGAGGUGGAUUGGUAUUUACGUUAAUCGGUUAAUAAAAAACCCCUUCAUACUGGCAUAUCUUAUAUCCGUCACUAGAUCUGCUGUUAGAGGGUGUUCUGGUGGCCUGGUAGGACUAGGAUACUCAAGAUUGGUUAUAAAGUGUUGUUUAUUAGGUAUUAAAAGCUAAGGGGAGAACUGGGUUACUACGAGUUCUUCAACUAGACUAGUGUCUCAAACUCAUGUUAUAGAUUCGCCGUGAUUAUAUAGAUGCGCAUAAUAUAUAUAUAAUAACCUUAUUAAUCAA